CCCACCGUAUCAGAGGAGUAGAAACAACAAGCCGCCAUUUUGUUUGGCGGACAGACCGUCAGGAACAGGAGAUCACCGAUAGAAAAAGGAGCGACCCCGGUGGCCGACGGCAGCCGCUCCGGGAACCGCGAGGGGGGAAAGAGACGCAGCCACCGAAUCCCGUCCGAGCUGUCCGGCGCAGGGGAGAGCAGCGGGGAAGCAGGCUGGACGUCCGUGGAGGGAAAGCCGCCUAGGUGUCAUGUAGCUAUAUGUAUUUAUAUAUAUACACAUAUAUAUAAAUAUAUUGGAUGCAUGCAUGAGAAAGAGCGAGGCUCCGAAAAAUCCGAGGCAGGGGGUGUUUUGCAGAGCGGCGACGGGGAGGAGAGGCGGAGGAGGGCUGCACAUUACGAGGAGCAAAACCUGCGAUAAGAGGAAAAUACCACCAUGAAAAAUCACUAUGUGUCCGCGGCGGAGGAAGGACCGAGUGCGCAUAGACAAUUAUAGAAAUAAAUUGCUGCCGGGCAGAAGGGAGAGGUGGAAAAAAAGACGGGUUUAAAGAGCAAGAGAAGGGGGACCAACACGAAGGGGGGGCUUUCACCAUCACAAAGAGUCAACGAGAGGAUUUUUUUUUUCCUCUUCUUUUUUUUUUUUUUUUGCGGGGGUGAUUUCUUAUAUUAAUUGUGCCGAUGUGAAGCAUCCCGCUUCCGAAAUAGCCAUAUCUUUUUCUUAAAAAAAAAAACAAAAAUCACCUUUCGCCUCAGCUCAGCUCCGCUACAGCUUUAUUUUUUAUUAUUUUUUUUAAUUAUUAUUUUUUUUUUGUCUAUGUGUCCUCGCGUCGCAAAUCUUUUCUAAAGCGCCGAAAAAGUGGCAAUAUCGACAACAUUUUUUUCCCCCCAUUAUAUGACAUCCCCGUUGCGCUUGAAACCAGAAGGAAGUAGAGGAGGAAUCUCUGCAGGGAGCGAAAGAUAAGUAACCCGGUUUGAUCCUCGCAAAAAGAAGAGAGUGAGAGAGGGAAAAAAAUAACUUAAUUAGAUCAAUCCAAACUGCCCUGCUGAUUGGCAAUUAGCGUCGGGGAUUGUAUGCGAGAAGCAGAUCUAAGAGCCAGAAACCGCAUGCCAAGCGGCAGCUAAAGCCGUCUGUUCUUGCAACAGAUCACUGGCGAAAUCCACCAAAUUUGUGAUCUCAGUCUGUUCUUCAGUGCCUUUUUUUUUUUUUUUUUUUUUUUUUGCAUGGUUCAACACUUAAGUGCACAUAAAAGUCGGCACGCACGUGCGAGGGAAGAAAAAAAAAGUCACGCAAGGGAAUAUAGGUCUACAUGUUAUGGACUUUUUUUUUCUCUCCUUCUUUCAUCUGAGUGGACGGAUCUAUCCUCAGACCAGUUAUACUACUUAUCAAAUCACUGUUAAGCCAGUUUGCAGCUUUGCCAACACUUGCAUUCAAACUACUGCUCGUUGCCUUCUUUUAUUUGCCGUGGAAAAUUAAACAAAAAAAAAAAUCUGCAGGAUCUCGUCGCUGUUGCACUGAAAGCAGCGGGCGAGCUGAAGUCGUCUUCUUCGGAGUGCUUACUUUUGUGCCAUCACGCUUCAUCUCUCCCCCCCACACACACCUCCACCUCUCGCAGCCUUUUUUUUAAAGAUCUGAACCCAGCGGAGGAUUUUUGGCCGGCGUGCCAUGGAAGAUCGGGUUGAAUGGACCUCGGAGGACGGAUCCUGGGACAGUUUUGAUGUCAUGAGGUUGUCAGUCGCCCGUCGACUCCACCUUCUCGCCGCCUCUUGUUGAAAUCUCCCGAAGAAACCAAAAUCUCCGCACAGGGGAGGGGGAUUGAUAUCUCAACCAGAGAAGGUGCUACAAAACUCAGGAGGAGGACCGAGGAAGAGUUGAACAUCGCCCGUCCUCUUCCCCCUACCGUCCCCCCCCCCCCAAGCGGUGGGGGAGCGCGAUCUGGAUCGUUUCCUAACGGGAGUAAGAAGGCGGAAAUAAAAGGGGGAAAACAUCAGCCCUAAGUGGAUACAUCUUAUUUUAAAAUUCGUCAAAAAAAUAUGGCCGAUAAUGUGCUGGAGUCUGGCCCGCCUUCAGCCAAGAGGCCCAAGCUGGCCUCCCCGGCUCUGUCCGUGUCCACCAGUGAUGGGAAUGAUUUUGGUUCAUUCUUUGACCUGGAGCAUGACUUGCCUGAUGAGCUCAUCAGUUCCUCAGACCCAGGGCUGACGAACGGAGGAGAUCCUAGCCCAUUCCACAGCAGCUUCGGAGGAGGCGUUCAGGAUGCGGCUGCAAAACACAAACAGCUAUCUGAACUCUUGCGCGCUGGAGCGCCAACGCAGCCGGGGCCCCCCGCUUCCAACAGUGCACCCUCCGGGCCUUCCAUGGCCAUGAUGGGGGGAGUCUGUGGACCUCAAGGCAUGCACCAUCAGGGCCAACAGCAACAACAACAGCAGCAGCCUGGACUAAUGCAGCAAGUUGGAAUGGUGCCGAACAGGGCAACGGCAAUGAUGGCUGCCCAAAAGAGCACCACUGGACAGCAACAGCAUCAGCACCAAGGGCUAAUAGGGGGGCAGGUUGUGAAUGGUUCGCCCAGAAUGGGUUACCCUGGCAACACCGGGAUGGGUAGCAAUAGUAAUAUCUUGGCAGAGACCUUACAGCAGCAGCAGCAGCAGGGUGGUCCAGGCAUGGCAGCUGGGGGUCAAGCGGGAAUGAGACAACUCCAGCCUGGUGCGCUGAAACAGAUGAAUUUAAUGGGCAACACGGGGUCUUAUGGCGGUCCAUACAGCCAUUCUGCUGGCCAGGGGCUGCCUGGAGAGGGGCUGGCCCCACAACUCCAGAAUAAAACGGGCCUCCCCAACAGCAUGGCUGCCCAGUUCAACAUGGACAAGAAGACGCCUCCUGGUCAAGGCAUUCCCGGGAUGACUGCUCAGCAGCAGCAGCAGCCCAGUGCAGUUGGCAGCGUGUCGGCAUCGGUGGGUGGGCCCCAGGUUGGCCUGAACGCUGUGGGCGUAGGACCGGGCGCCACGCCCCCCACCGCUGACCCUGAGAAGCGGAAGCUUAUCCAGCAGCAGCUCGUCCUCUUGCUCCACGCGCACAAGUGCCAACGGAGGGAGCAGGCCAACGGGGAGGUGCGGCAAUGCAACCUGCCCCACUGCCGCACCAUGAAGAACGUGCUCAACCACAUGACUCAUUGCCAGGCUGGCAAGUCCUGCCAGGUCGCACACUGUGCCUCAUCCAGACAGAUCAUCUCACACUGGAAGAAUUGCACGAGACACGACUGUCCUGUGUGCCUGCCGCUGAAAAACGCCGGAGACAAGAGGAACCAGCAGUCGCUGGUCAACAGUGCAGCUGUAAGUUUAGCGAACUCCCUGGGUGGAGCGGGGCCCGGCGGGCAGUCGAGCACGCCGAGCCUGAACCCUCCCAACCAGAUCGACCCCAGUUCCAUAGAGAGGGCCUACGCCGCGUUAGGCCUUACAUACCAGGGCAACCAGAUGCCACAGCAGCAGCAGCAGCCGCCGCAGGCCGCCAUGCCAAACCAAGGCCUUCAGGGACAGCCCGGGAUGAGGACUUUGAAUUCAAUGGGUGGUAACUCUGUAGGAGUGAAUGGUUCUGUUGGGGUGCAGCCUCCGAACCCGCAGUCUGCACUGCUGCCGGAUGCCAUCCUGCACAACAUGAAUGCACAAAGCUUGAUGAACGAUGCCGUGGGGAACCUGGGCUCCAUGCCCACGGCCACGCCCCCUUCUGCUGCAGGGAUGAGGAAGUCUUGGCAUGAAGACAUCACGCAGGACCUCCGCAACCACCUCGUCCACAAGCUAGUGCAAGCCAUCUUUCCCACCCCUGACCCCGCGGCGCUGAAGGACAGGCGGAUGGAGAACUUGGUGGCCUACGCUCGGAAAGUAGAGGGAGACAUGUACGAGUCUGCAAACAGUAGGGCGGAGUACUACCACCUUCUGGCAGAGAAGAUCUACAAAAUCCAGAAGGAGCUGGAAGAAAAGCGGAGGACACGGCUCCAAAAGCAGGGCAUGAUGCCCGGCCAGUCCUGCCUUCCCUCCUCUGGCCUCCCACAGGGCCCUCCUGGCAUGGGCCAGGUCCCAGUGCCGCCUGGGCAACCUCCUAAUGGUCCUCAUGCCGAUCCGUCCAUGAUCAGACCCGCCGGUCCCAAUCAGAUGCUCAACAGGAUGCAGAACCCAGCAGGAAUGACCCAGUUUGCUCAGAUGGGGAUGCAGGCUAUGAGUCAGAGGUCAACGCCUCCUCUUCCUCUCAAUCCUCAAAUGAACCAGAUGGGCAUGGGACCAACGCGGAUGGGUCAGCCAAGUGCCACACAGCUACAGAAUCAGUACCUUCCUCCAGGGCAGUUCCCUGGCUCCAGUCCUGGUCUCAGUUCAGGUCCUGGUGGCAUGAACCAGCCAGGAGCACAGGCCGCGGUGCCUUCUCAGAACCAGAUGUCGACGCCUCCAUCCAUCCCCGCCAGCAGCCCCGCAGCACAGUCUGGCUCUUCUGUCCCGUGUCCUGGAGGGUCUUUUGGGCCUAACGGCAGCGCUCCCGGGCCCCUGUCCAGCCUCCACCCGCCCUCCUCCCAGCCCUCCUCCUUCCCUCACUGCACACCUGUCCGCACAAACUCCCCGUCACCAGCGCGCAGCUUAACGCCUCAGCCACAUCAGACACCGCCUACGCUGCCCCGCUCUCAGACGCCUCAGCCACACACCCCGAACACGCCACAGGUGGCCACCCCACAGCACGCCCAGCAGCAGCAGCAGCAGCAGCAGCAGCAUCAGCAGCAGCACCAACAACAACAACAAUCCUCUCAUAUGCCGCAGCCUGCCCCGUCAGGACCAACGGCGAACUCAGAGAAAGCCAAUCAGUUUCCACAGCAACCGCUUGGGGGUGUCCCAUCUCCAGAGCCCCCAGCAGCUCAGCCUUCUCUGGUCCCGACCCAGAGCGAUCAUGCACCGCAGCUGCCACGCACCCCAGCCUCUCCUAAGCCUUCCCUGACAGCUGAAGGACAAGUUUCAUCCCCGGCAUCAAUCACGAGUAGCUCCGACCACAACUCCCAGCUCGCUCCCGCAGACGGCCUCGUUUCAAGCCAGGAAGACGUCAAAGUUAAGGUGGAGAAGGAAGAGGAAGACGAGGAGGAGGACGUAGGCGGUGACACCGGGGGACACAGCAAGGGGAAGACGUGCAAGACUCAGUCUGAGGUGAAGAAUGAAGACAAACCUGAGAUUGAGGAUGAGAAGCCAUCAGGAGAUGCGUGUAAACCUGAGCCCAUGGACACGUCGUCAUCCUAUUCUGGGUCAUCAUCAGCCGCGUCAAGCGAAGACAAGAAGCCAGAGGUGAAGAAGGAGCCUAAGGAGGAAGAUGAGGGAUCAGGGUCGUCGGCCACCAACAGCUCCUCAGCCAGUAGUCAGAGCAAGAAGAAAAUCUUUAAGCCGGAGGAGCUGCGUCAGGCUUUGAUGCCGACCUUGGAGGCAUUAUACCGCCAGGACCCUGAGUCCCUUCCCUUCCGCCAGCCGGUGGACCCCCCGUUACUGGGAAUACCCGACUACUUCGACAUCGUCAAGAACCCCAUGGACCUCUCGACCAUCAAGCGCAAGUUGGACACGGGACAGUACGAGGAGCCGUGGCAGUACAUCGAGGACAUCUGGCUGAUGUUCAACAACGCCUGGCUGUACAACCGCAAGACGUCGCGCGUCUACAAGUACUGCUCCAAGCUGGCCGAGGUGUUCGAGUCGGAGAUCGACCCCGUUAUGCAGGGCCUGGGCUACUGCUGUGGGAGGAAGUACGAGUUUUCCCCCCAAACUCUUUGCUGCUACGGAAAACAGUUAUGCACCAUCCAACGCGACGCCUCUUAUUUUAGUUACCAGAACAGGUACCACUUCUGUGAGAAGUGUUUCAACGAAAUCCAAGGCGACAGUGUUUCCCUGGGGGACGACCCCUCCCAGCCUCAGACGUCCAUCAACAAAGACCAGUUCCAGAAAAAGAAGAACGACACCCUUGACCCUGAGCUACUCGUGGAAUGUACCGACUGCGGUCGUAAAAUGCACCAGAUCUGCGUCCUGCAUAACGACACCAUUUGGCCGUCAGGCUUUGUAUGUGACAACUGCCUGAAAAUGGCCAAUAAGACGCGAAAGGAGAACAAAUAUGCAGCCAAAAGACUUCCUCAGACAAAGCUGGGCAACUAUCUGGAGAUGCGAGUGAACGACUACCUCAAACGCCAGAGCCACCCUGAGUCCGGGGAGGUCACCGUCCGUGUGGUCCACGUCUCAGACAAGGUGGUUGAGGUCAAGCCGGGCAUGAAGUCCAGGUUUGUAGACAACGGGGAGAUGGCCGAGUCUUUCCCGUACAGGAUGAAAGCCUUGUUCGCAUUUGAGGACAUCGAUGGGGCAGACGUGUGUUUCUUCGGCAUGCAUGUUCAAGAGUACGGCUCCGACUGCCCCCCACCAAAUCAGAGACGGGUGUACAUUUCUUACUUGGACAGCGUGCACUUUUUUAGACCUCGAUACCUAAGGACCGCCGUCUACCACGAGAUACUACUAGGCUACCUGGAGUACGUCAAAAGAUUGGGGUACACGGCAGGACACAUUUGGGCUUGUCCUCCCAGUGAGGGGGACGAUUACAUUUUCCACUGUCAUCCACCGGACCAGAAGAUCCCAAAGCCCAAACGGCUGCAGGAGUGGUACAAGAGGAUGCUGGACAAGGCUGUUACUGAGCGAAUCAUCCACGACUACAAGGAUAUUUUCAAGCAGGCUACAGAGGACCGCCUGACGAGCGCGAAGGAGCUGCCGUACUUUGAAGGCGACUUCUGGCCCAACGUCCUCGAGGAGAGCAUCAAGGAGCUGGAGCAGGAGGAAGAGGAGCGGAAGAGGGAGGAGAACAGCACCUCCAACGAGAGCACAGAUGCCACAAAAGGAGACAGCAAGAAUGCCAAAAAGAAGAACAAUAAAAAGGCGAACAAAAACAAGAGCAGCUUGAGCCGAGCCAAUAAGAAGAAGCCCGGGAUGCCCAGUGUUUCCAACGACCUUUCUCAGAAACUCUACGCCACCAUGGAGAAGCACAAAGAGGUUUUCUUCGUCAUCCGCCUAAUUGCCGGCCCCACGGCCAACUCGUUGCCCCCCAUCACCGACCCCGACCCCCUGAUGGCCUGCGACCUGAUGGACGGCCGCGACGCCUUCCUGACCCUGGCCCGGGACAAGCACUUGGAGUUCAGCUCUCUGAGGAGGUCCAAGUGGAGCUCCAUGUGCAUGCUGGUGGAGCUCCACAACCAGAGCCAGGACCGCUUUGUGUACACCUGCAACGAGUGUAAACACCACGUGGAGACCAGGUUCCACUGCACCGUUUGUGAGGACUACGACUUGUGCAUCACCUGCUACAACACUAAAGGCCACGAGCACAAGAUGGACAAACUGGGGCUCGGCCUGGACGACGACAGCAACAACCAGGCCGCGGCCGCCACUCAGAGUCCCGGGGACUCUCGCCGCCUCAGCAUCCAGCGCUGCAUCCAGUCGCUGGUCCACGCGUGCCAGUGCCGCAACGCCAACUGCUCCCUCCCGUCCUGUCAGAAGAUGAAGCGGGUCGUCCAGCACACCAAGGGUUGCAAGCGCAAGACCAACGGCGGCUGCCCCAUCUGCAAGCAGCUCAUCGCCCUGUGCUGCUACCACGCCAAACACUGCCAGGAGAACAAGUGUCCCGUCCCGUUCUGCCUGAACAUCAAGCAGAAGCUGCGGCAGCAGCAGCUGCAGCACAGGCUGCAGCAGGCCCAGAUGCUGAGGAGGAGGAUGGCCACCAUGCAGCGGGUCGGUCAGCCUGCAGGCGGCCCGCCUGGAGGGCCCAUGGUCGGGCUUCCGUCGCCGGGGAACAACAGCACCACAGCGCCCAGCACGCCCACCUCAGUUGGCACCCAACCCCCGACCCCUCACACCCCGACUCAGAAUAUGCCUUCGGUCCCGCCACAGGGAGCGGGUCCUGGAAACGGAGUGCAGCAGCAGCAGCAAGGAGGGAUGCCCUCGCAACAUCCACUGAAUCAGUUCCAGCCCAUGGGCGGAGGAGCUGGCGGGGCAGGAGGAGCUAUGCAUUCUCCCCAGCACCAGCAGCAGAUGCUUCCUCAGAUGCAGCAGCAGCAGCAGCAGCAGCAGGGCGGCCCAGGGACCAACCCUCACCCACAGUACGCCAGCAGGCCACCAGGCUCCUCCCCGAUCCACCAGUCCCAGGGUAAACCGCUUCUUGGCUCGUCAACGCCGCCCCAGCAACCUGGUGGGGCUGUGAUGCCUGGAAACAUGGGGGGCCAGCAGCCCCCCGGUCAGCCCACGGGCCAGCCUCCGCUUCAGCAGCAGCAGACAUCGGGCCCCCCGCCAGCAGCAGUGGAAAUAGCUCUGAAGAUUCAACAGGUGGCUGACGCCCAGAGGAAGAUGGCUCUGCAGAGACAAGCGGCAGCCGCUACAGGCAUGAUGCAGUCGCACCCUCACCACCAACCGGGCCAAGCCCAGCAGAUGGCCAUGGGACACGCGGGACCCGUGGGGAUGGCGGGACCCCAGGGAAUGCCACAGCAAAACCAAGCAGCCCCAAGAGCCCACAUGGAUCAGCAGCAAGGCGCUCUGCAGGGGAUGAUGGCCGGCGGUGGGCACAUGCAGCAGCCCCCCCAGCAGGGGAACCUGCCCCCACAGGUGCAGCUGCAGCAGCAGAGGAUGGGUGCUCCUCUCCAGAACCCUCAACAGCAGCCAUGGGCCGGCCCGGGGAUACCGCCACAGCAGAGGCAGGCUAUGAUGAACCAGAUGAGCCAUCAAGCCAUGAUGCAGCAGCAACAACAACAGCAGCAACAACAGCAGCAGCAGCAGCAGGCUUCGCACCAACCAGGUCAGGGCCAUGCCGCCAUGAUGAACAUUGUACAUCAGCAGCAGCAAGGAUCUGCUGGUGGAAACAUCCCCCAGGCUGCCCUGCAGGAGCUGCUGCGCACUCUCCGCUCACCCAGCUCCCCGCUCCAGCAGCAGCAAGUGCUCAACAUCUUACGGUCCAACCCACAGCUCAUGGCUGCCUUCAUCAAGCAAAGAGCCUCCAAAUACAAGGGGGGACCGGAGGCUGUUCCGGGAGGAGGUCCCGGCGCUGCGGGGGGUCCUGUUGCAGGAGUGAACCCACAAGUGAACAUGAACGCUGCAGGCGCCGGCCAGCCAGGGAUGCACAUGGGGAGCCAGGGAGGGGCAAACGUCAACAUGGCGUCCAUGACUCAGCUCCAGCAGGUGCAGCAGCAGCAGCUACAGCAGCAGCUUCAGCAGCAGCAGCAGCAGCUGCAGCACCAACAGAGACCAAUGCUCAGCGGUUUACAGCAACAGCAGCAAGGGGUGGGGCGGGGUAUGCCAGCUCAGGGGCCGCAGGUGGGGAACCUCAACAGUCUCCAAGUACGAGAGUUUAUGAGGCGACAACUGCAGCAGCAGCAACUCCAGCAGCAGCAGCAGCAGCAACAACAACAGCAGCAGCAGAUGGGAAUCAAUCACGGUCAGUUCCAGCAGCCACAGCCUCCUCAGGGCCAGGCAUUCAUGGGGCAGCCCGGGAUGCAGCCCCCUGCGGUGGGGCAGGGUCCUCCUGGAGGCCCUCAGGGUCAGCAGGCGCAGGGCUACCCAGGCUCUGUGCAGCAGCAGGCCACAGCUGCCCUCCAGCAGAGGCUGCAGCACCAGCUCCAGAUGCAGCAGCAGCAGAACAGCAUGGCCGCCCUGCAAGGCAGUGAUGCGGGGCCAGGCGGCGGCGGCGUUCCUCAGCAACAGCCUCAAGGCCCACAGCCUCCCCAGGGCGGGGCCAACCCUCCGUCUUCCCAGGCCCUUUUCCAACAAUCUCUGCAGCAGAGGUUGCUCUCGCAGCAGCAGCACCUCGGCCCGGGCGGGUCGCCGGCCCAACACAGCAAUCCCAUGAGCCCUCAGCAGCCUCAGCAGAUGGCCCAGUCCCCACACCCCCACCUGCAGGGCCAGGCCCUGCAGACGUCGCUCGCCAACCAGGUGCGCUCGCCGCAGCCCUCGCCCAGACCUCAGUCCCAGCCGCCUCACUCCAGCCCGUCUCCCCGCAUGCAGCCUCAGCCGUCGCCGCAUCACAUCUCGCCGCAGGUCCAGACGGGCUCUCCGCACCCAAGCCACCUGAACCAGCACCAUCCGGGAAGUAGUCCAGCAGCAGUCAGCAAGCCAGCAGCAGCCAACAAGCAGCAGCAGCAGCAGAACGUCAUGGAGCAGUUUGGUUCUGAGCAGAGCGCCAUGCUUUCUCAGCUGAGCGGCAUGGCGGGUCUGCACGGGCCGGGGGGCAGCGGUCCGGACGCCAUGGGCCAGAACAUGAACCACAACUCCUUAGACCACAUGUAGGGGCUGCAGAGGGGCUCGGCGGAUUUCUGCACAAACUGCACUCACCAAGGACAGUGUUAUUAUUCCUUAGCCUUUUUUUUUACUGUUAUUAAAAAGUUAUUUAAAAUGUUUUCAAUAAAGAUGCAUUGAACUGAACUUCCUAUGGGAGAUGAACAAUAAACGGAGCAGUUGUUAAUUGAACUAGAAUGAAUUGUAACUUAUUGCUGUUAAUAUAUAUUUUUGCCAACUGAGGGGGUGGGGGGGGGCUCCCAGGUAAACAAAAGUACUUGCCUUUUUUUAAGAUAUGUUUUUACGAUUUUAAAAUGGGGUCAAGAAUUACAGAAGAAAUUACUUUAAUGCAAGUAAGUUGUUCUUUUUUUUUUUUUUGUUUUCUGUUUCGUAUCAUCCUGUCUGUUUUUUGCAGGGUGGUGCGAGCGAUCGGUGUAAAUUCAAACGCGAUGCAGAUUUUCUGGUUCCGUCUCGUUUGGACUCGUUUUAUUUAUUCUGUUUCAUUGGAGGGGGGGGGGGUACUGAUACGGCUUCGGUUCCUGUAGAAGUCUCUUUUUAUGUUAGCUUGUUUUGCUUUAGUUGUCUUAUGGGGGGGGCUGCUGUCUGGGUUGGAACGAUGUCAGUGUUUUGUUGCGGCGGUCAGGGGGCCUGCUCAGUCCGAAGUGUUCGACGGACACUUCUUCUUUGUUUUAUUUUUUUAUGUUUUUUGUUUUUUUGGUCGUCCAUCAGUCAGGCUGGAAGGGACUCUUCCCCUCGCAAACAUGCAAGCCCCCUCCCUCGAAUGUGUGCCCACUCCUUCCUUUUAAAGACUUCAAAUGGAGCUGCGGAGGCUUGGGGAGGGGGGGAUGCAUACCUUUGUGCCUGUAACCUUUUACAUAUGUGGGCUGGGAUGUAUAAAAAAACGGGAAGGGUGGCUUUUCUUUCCUCCUUAUUUUCAGGAUUCUACUGUUGAGUAAACAGAGGAUGAUGAUCCAAAUGAACUGUGUUGCACAGAAAUGAGGCGAAAGACGGCAAUACGAGAUGUUGGUCUCUUUCUUCCUCGUCCCCUUUGCUGCUUCCUUUGGACUUUUUAAUCCUCCUCUGGGGGAGGUUGAGCUCCCUCCUUAGAAACUGUAUCCUCUUUAUCUUUCUGCUCAGAACUUUGGGAGUUAAUUUAAUAUUUUUUACUGUACAAAGGAAACAAACUGUGGACUCAAAUACUGUUUUUUUAAUAAUAAAAUGAAAAUUAGCAAUACA